AUCCUAUCAGCUGUGAACACAAAUAGAAUUGUUAGCCAUCUCUUCCUAUAAAUUCUAGCCGUGCAUUGGCAACAAACGCACUGGUAAGACAUAACUGAUGACUAGAUGGCUUCAUGUAAGGUACCAGACAACUUGGAGGUCAUUCUUAGCUAUGCUGAUUCUACUGAUAUUGUCGAUCGCCUUCACACUGGAGUUUUCCUAAAAGGAAAGAAAGAGAGGUUUUGGUUUGACAAGAUUACCAAUGCCAAUGUAUUUGAGUUGUAUGCAAGGGAUCUCUCAAUUGCUAGGAAAAAUGAUCGACGUUGUUGGAACUGGACUUCAAUUGAAGAAUAUGGUGGUGUUCAAGUGGAGGUGGCUGAGGCAGUGGAAACAUAUUGGCUUGAAGUGAAAAAUGAUUUCCCUAUAAAAAUGCUCACCCCAAGAACUUCUUACAAUGUUUCAUUUAUUUUAAUGAAGAAAGAGGAUAAUAAGGGACUUGACCAACCAGUGAAGUUGAAACUCCUCCUGCCCAACCAAGGGCCAGUUGAACGCACACACGAUUUGAGUUCUAUGCCAAUAAACAAAUGGACAGAGAUCCUAGUUGGUGAAUUUAUAACCCCUUGUGAUCAUAGGUGUGGGGUCGUGGAAAUCUCUAUGGCACAGAUUGAUAUUAAACGUAUGAAGAAAGGACUUGUCAUCAACAAAAUCGUCAUUCGGCCAAUAAAGAAGAAUUGGAAAGAGCUUAGUGGAGAGUACAAAUGGGAAGGUCUAUUGGAUCCCCUCAACGUUGACCUUAGCAAGUUUAUAACAGCUUCUGGUGAAAGAAUUGCUGCCAUUUAUGACUGCAUAAUUAAAGAUGAAAAUUCACCUAUGUAUGAACUUCCCGUGUAUGAAGAAAAAGAAUUUUUUUCUAAAGUUGGCCCAGACAGAGGCAAAGCAAGUCAAAUAUACGAAGUGAAAAAGUAUAUCUAUGCAUGGGUCAAUGUUUCUUUCCCGGUCGAAUUGUUAGUUCCAAACAGAUCUGCUUGGAUUGGUUAUGUGGCUGUGGCUACAGAUGAGGGAACGAGAUUGCUAGGAAGGAGAGAUAUUUUGGUUUGCUGGAGAGGAACUCACAAUAACACAGAGUGGGAAAUGAAUGCUAGUUUCUUGCAAACCCAUGCUGAAGUCAUAUAUCCGACUGUCCCUGAAGCUGAGGUGCACAAUGGAUUUUACUCCAUCUACACAGAGCUAAUGCCAAAUGAAGAAUACAAUGAAAAAAGUGCUCGAGAUCAGGUUAUUGAUGAAAUAAAGAAUUUGGUAAAUUUACACCAAGACGAGGAAGUCAGUAUAACAAUUACAGGAUACAGUCUAGGUGCAAGUCUUGCUACAUUAAACGCAGCUGAUAUAGUUUCCAAUGAAUAUAAUAUGCCUAACCCUAAUCCAAAGAAUAAGGAAUUCUUGGUCACAGCCUUUGUGUUUGGAAGCCCUAAGGUCGGAAACAUAGCCUUCCAAACCGAAUUCAAUAAGCAUAUACUAGAGAGGAAGCUUUGUCUCUUGCGCAUUGAAAAUGUCGAUGACCUAAUCACUAUGAUGCCGCCUGGAAGCUACGUUAGAGUGGGAAAUGAGAUAACAUUUACCCGAACCAGUGCAAGCUCAGAUGAGUGUGGCAAGAUAAUAACUGAUCAUAAUUUGAAGAAUUAUAUUAAAGAAAUUUGUGCACUACCAUAUUCCUCACUAAAUUUCUCCCUCUGAGGAAGAGUCAGGUUAGCGUUUUUCUUGCUUCUAGUUAUGUACAGAGCCAUUUGAGCAAUCUGCCUUGUGCUGUGUGUGUGAGGGUCCCAUGCUCAUCAAGGCUUGCAUCUACUUGAAUGAAGUAAUGACUAGAUUGGUUGUCUAGGCCUUGGUUUUUCUAAAAUAUAGGCUUCUUGUAGAGUUUGUUGAAUCAUUGAAUUUUCCAUAUUGCCUAGAGUUUGUGCUGUCCUCCUCUUUUGAGGGUGAGCUUAGGUUGUUGUGCCUCUUGGGUUUGUUUUUUGUGUAAUGUAAAUACAUUUACUUAACCCAGAAGAAAAAAAUCUAGAAGAGUUUUUUCACCA